AUGAAGAAGAAUCAUCGUCGGUGGACAUGGGAAUCGCCCAUUGGUGCGACUCGUGCGGAGACCGCCCACAUACUCGCCAACCGGUGGUGGUGUCUGCUUGACGUCUCGGUAGUACCAUCCUUUUGCAGUGGUUCUGAUCACCGUCUCCUUUGUGCGAAAUUACGACUUAGCCACACGGUCGAAAAGAACAUCUGCUAUAAGCAAAGAAGGAUAAAAGAAGUGGUCUACGACGAUUGCGUACUCGAGGACUCCUUGUUCCAAGGUGACUGGCACAUCGAGGAGGACCCAGACGUGGACUACGAGAUACUGCUCAAAGUAUUGCGAGCCUGUGCUGAACUUGCCCCGAAGCAGCACACGACAAACGUGGACCGAAUUUCGACGACCAUCAAGGAAUUGUUGCGAAGAAGAAGUACUUUGAAGUUUGAUCCGAGUGCAUCGCACAGUAGCAAACACUAG